UGCUGCUCUACUUCAGUGGAGUGCAACAAAUGUGACAACAAGAAGGACCACUCACUCCUGCCUGCGCUCAGAGCGGUGAUGUCCCGCACCCAUGAGGCACCAGGUGAAAUGGGGAAGGCUGUGGUAAUUCCCAAAGAAGAGCAGGAGAAGAUGAAAGAGCUCUUUAAAAUCAAUCAGUUCAACCUUAUGGCCAGUGACAUGAUCGCGCUCAACAGGAGUCUGCCAGAUGUCCGGCUGGACGGCUGUAAAACCAAGACAUACCCCGAUGACCUUCCAAACACCAGCAUUGUGAUCGUGUUUCAUAAUGAAGCCUGGAGUACACUUUUGAGAACCAUACAUAGUGCCAUAAAUCGCUCGCCCAGACAUCUACUGCUCGAGAUUCUGCUGGUGGAUGAUGCCAGCGAGAGAGAUUUUCUAAAGAAAAAAUUAGAGGACCAUGUUGCGACUCUGGAGGUUCCAGUACGUAUUUUAAGGAUGGAGCAGCGAUCCGGCUUGAUUCGAGCACGACUAAGAGGAGCAGCUGCCACGCGAGGACAGGUCAUCACCUUCCUGGAUGCCCACUGUGAGUGCACUUCAGGGUGGCUGGAGCCGCUGCUUUCCCGGAUCAAAGAGGACAGGAGGGCUGUGGUCUGUCCGAUCAUUGAUGUCAUCAGUGAUGAGACAUUCGAGUACAUGGCCGGCUCAGAUAUGACCUAUGGGGGAUUCAACUGGAAGCUCAACUUCAGAUGGUAUCCAGUUCCUCAGAGAGAGAUGGACCGACGCAAGGGGGACAGAACCCUUCCUGUUAGAACUCCCACAAUGGCAGGAGGUCUGUUCUCCAUUGACAGAACUUAUUUUGAAGAGAUUGGCACCUAUGAUUCAGGCAUGGAUAUAUGGGGAGGGAAAAUCUUGGAUGUCUUUUUUAGGAUCUGGCAGUGUGGAGGAUCUCUAGAGAUAGUCACAUGUUCUCAUGUAGGCCACGUGUUCAGGAAGGCCACACCAUACAGUUUCCCUGGUGGAACCGGUCAGGUGAUCAACAAGAACAACAGGCGAUUGGCUGAAGUCUGGAUGGAUGAGUUCAAAGAUUUCUUCUACAUCAUCUCACCAGGUGUGGUUCGGGUGGAUUACGGCGAUGUUUCUUCGCGGAAGGCUUUGAGAGAAUCGCUGAAGUGUAAACCUUUCUCAUGGUACCUGGAAAACAUCUACCCCGACUCGCAGAUCCCACGUAGAUAUUACUCACUUGGGGAGAUCAGAAACGUUGAGACAAAUCAGUGUGUGGACAACAUGGGCCGAAAAGAGAAUGAAAAGGUUGGCUUCUUCAACUGUCACGGAAUGGGCGGCAACCAGGUGUUCUCAUAUACGGCUGACAAAGAGAUUCGAACCGAUGACCUGUGUCUGGAUGCAUCGCGGCUUAAUGGACCUGUUGUUAUGCUGAAGUGCCACCACAUGAAAGGAAACCAGAUGUUUGAGUACGAUGCAGAGCGGCUGACUCUGCUCCAUGUGAACAGUAACCAGUCUGACAUGCCUUCUGAAGAGGAUAAAAUGGUUCCCACUCUCAGAGACUGCAGCGGCAGGCGAUCACAGCAGUGGAUCUUGAGGAACAUGACGCUAAGUGUCUGACAGAGCCGGCGACAACCAGUUCAGGCUUGAAUCUCGUCACGCGCCACACACCAUGAGACCCAGAGUCAUGUUUACGGCCGUCAUUUUCUGGUUCAUGAUCGAGUUCAGCCAGGCUUUGAUCAGGAGAACCACGCACAGCCCAUUUGCUGACCCGUUUGUGGCCAGGCGUGUGUCUGGACUGCUUCCUCUAGCUCUCAGAUUCUCUGGUCUGGGGUCAGAUCGUAGCCCGCGACCAGCUCUUGGCGAGGUUUAAGCGCUUGCUGUCUCUGAUCUGAGCAUGUGUCACUGGCUAUCUAUGCUGCUCAUCCUGUGUGGGAGUUUUGGUGCCUCUUAAUAUCCUACACGUCAUAUCUUUGACAGUAGCCCUUAUGUUUCUUUGGAGAUGGACAGAUUGCGUCAGCUUCCACUGUGCUGAAGUUUAACUCUGUUUGCUUUCUAUACAGCACCUGAAGGGAUUGUGCGUUGGUCAGUGGAUUGUACGCCAACUGUAUUACUUGCUGCUGUUUCUCAAAACUAACAUGAUCUUUUUCAGUGACGUACUCGACCUGCCUUAAGGGGAUAGCUGCUCUAAAAUGAAAAUUUUCUCAUCAUUUACUCACUCCAAACUUGUGAUGUCUUUCUUCUGUUAAACACCAAACUGUUACAUUUUAGGUAUUACUGCAUCGCUGCAUUCUUUUAUUAAACUUUAACCUACAUUUAACUAGAAAUCGGGCUGAGGAUCUUAGUUUCCCCAUCAUGCUUUGCCAUGGCACUUGUAGUCACAUGUUGCUAUGCAAAUUUAUACCAAAGCAUUAUCUGACUCUUUGCAUAAACUAAUUAAACUAUAUAUUUAUAUAUUAUUAUUAUUAUUUUGUUUUUUUAUUACAGUGGCAAUGUAUUAAGGACUCAAUAUUUGAAUCAACUUUUUGGAUCAACUAUCCCUUUAAGGAUUCAUUUGUUUCCGCAUUUGUUCCCCAUUUUAUCAUACACAGUUUCAUUUAUGUGAUUUUAGUUUAUGGAGGAUUUAACUGUGUUGUAUCUACUUUAUCUGUAUUUAGUUAACACAUUUUCCGGUACAUUGGAAAAUGUGUGUGGGGUUCAUUGAAAAAUCAACUUUUCGUUAUUUCAGGACAUUGAAUUAGUUUCUGAAAAAAAGUGGAAAUAGUAAGAAUGUGAUUUUUAGGACCCAUUCCUCAUUUAAACACACUACUUUAUUGAAAUAAUGUCAUAAUGCCUAAUGAACCUAUUAUUGCUAUUAUUAUUGUUGUUGUUUUAUGCUUUAUUUUGGGUUACAGUAAGACCUGCUGAUUCAUCCAUCAAAUGUUCAUUUUAUAUUUAAUAUUAAAUAAUAAUGUGUUAUUUUGUGCCUGAACAUAAACAUUUUGGGUACAGCGUACAGGCAGCAGCAUCUCACAUGUAAACCUAAAAUGGUAAUACUUUACAAUAAGGUUUAAGGUCAGUUAACUAUUUAAUUAACAAGAAAUAAUAAUGAACAAUACAUCUAUUUAUCAAUCUCAGUUAAAGUUAAUUUCAACAUUUAUUAAUGCAUAAUUAAAAUCGAAAGUUGUGCUUGUUAACAUUUGUUAAUGCCUUGUGGAUUAACAUGAACUAACAAUGAACAACUGUAUUUGCAUUAACUAACGUUAACAAAAAAUGAAUAAAUACCGGAAUAUAUUGUUCAUUGUUUGUUCCCAUUAGUUAAUGCAUUAACUAACAUUAACUAAUGUAACCUUAAUGUAAAGUGUUAGGACUAAAACAAGUCAUUUAAAGCCCCAUCUUCAUCAGCUGUCACUGAUUCUGAUUCACUGGUCCAGGACACACAUUUGUACAAAUGGAUCAACUAGGCUUUUUUGAGCAUUGAUGUACAUAUUAAAGCAAAUAUUUUUUUAAUAUGAAAUCGAAAAACUGCAGAGGAAAAAAUGUGAGUGAUAAUGCUUGGUGUAUAUAUAAUAUGUUUAAAAAAUAUUGUACAGCUCUAUGCAUUGCUACUGUAUGUACACAUCUAUUGCAUCCACCAUGUUCUAUCAGUGUUCUAUUAAUGUCUGUUUAAUGCACUCAAUCAAUAUUAAUUCUUGGAGGGUUUAAGGAUUUGUGAUUUGUCUCUUAGUUAUUUGAUCAUUUUAACAUGCACACGUUUAAUGCAUUCACAGCAUAAAUGAACUUAGUUAAAGCUAUUUAAGACUGCACAUAAUUUGGAGCAGUACUAUGAAAAUAUAUCACAAUUAAUAAUAUGAACUGUUUGACAUUAUUAUCACCACAUGCAUGUUACAGUCGGAACUUUUCUGGAUUUUUUCAGCUUCAUAAAAACUGAAAAUGUGUGACUUUGUACUGGUCUUAAUGUUAACUGUUUGUACUUUCUUUUUUUAAGUCUCAGAUGACCUCAUGUUUCCUAGAUUAAUAUAAUACAACUGUUAAGUCUAAUAAACCAUUGUUGUGUAAUGUA